GUGACGGAGGCGGCCCCGCCCCCUCCCCAGGCCACGCCCCUCCCCCCCCAGGCCCAGCUGUUGCUGGCGGGGUCACAGCUGGCGGGGCUGGCCGCGCUCCUGCCGUGCCCGCAGCCGCUCCUGGCCCAGGCCCAGCUCUUGGCGGCCGCGGCCGCGCAGCUCCCGCAGGGCCCCGCCCCCAGCCCCGCCCCCAGCCCCGCGGGCCCCGCCCCCAGCCCCGCCCCCGGCGCCGCCGCGGCCCCGCCCCCGGCCCCGCCCCCCGCGCUGCCGCUGCCCGGCCCCAUCCAGCUCUCGGCGCAGACCGUGUGCCAGUGGCUGUUGCCCCCCCCCAAUCUCUUUCAGCUACCUCAGCACAGCCCGGGGGGGCUCCUGCCCAACGCCCCCCGCCCGGGGCUGCACGCGCAGCCCCACCCCCGUCCGGGGGUCCCCGAGGCGCCGGGGGCGCCCCCCAAAGGCCCCGAGCCCCCCCCGGGCCCCCCCCCCGAGGAGCCGAGCGACCUGGAGGAGCUGGAACAAUUCGCCCGCACCUUCAAACAGCGGCGGAUCAAGCUGGGCUUCACCCAGGGCGAUGUUGGUUUGGCCAUGGGGAAACUCUACGGCAACGAUUUCAGCCAGACGACGAUCUCGCGCUUCGAGGCGCUGAACCUGAGCUUCAAAAACAUCCCCCUGUGCAAGCUGAAACCGCUGCUGGAGACGUGGCUGCGGGACGCAGAGUCGAUGUCGGACUCGGCCCUGCCCAGCCCCCCCCAGCUGGGCCCCCCCUCCCUGGGCGCCUUCGAGGGGCUCCCGGGGCGGCGCCGCAAGAAACGAACCAGCAUCGAGACCAACGUGAGGUUCGCGCUGGAAAAGUCAUUCCUGGCGAACCAGAAGCCGACGUCGGAGGAGAUCCUGGGCAUGGCGGAGCAGCUGCACAUGGAGAAGGAGGUGAUCCGGGUCUGGUUCUGCAAUCGGCGCCAGAAGGAAAAACGAAUCAACCCCAGCGGGGCGGCCCCGAAUCCGCCCAAUUUCACCCCAAAUCCGGCCCCGAAUCCGCCCAAUUUCACCCCAAAUCCGGCCCCGAAUCCGCCCAAUUUCACCCCAAAUCCGGCCCCGAAUCCGCCCAAUUUCACCCCAAAUCUGAGCCCAAACCCGGCCCCAAAUCCCCCCAAUUUCACCCCAAACCCCGUCCCCAACAUCCCGAACGUCCCCAACGUCCCCAGUUUGACCCAAAAUGUCCCGAAUUUGACCCAAAACGUCCCAAACCUGAGCCCGAGCGUCGGCGCCGGCAGCGGGAAGGGACCGAGCUUCGGAGCGCAGGGGGUGACCCCGCCCGGCCCCGCCCUCGGCAGCCUCGGCACCACAGUGACGUCACUGAGCGCCCGCCCCUCCCCCCCCGAGGCCCCGCCCGGCUCCGCCCCCUCCCCCCUCGGGGGGGCGGUGCUUGGGGGGCUGCUGGGCCCCGCCCCCAUGGCCGCCAUCCAAGCCCUGACCGGCGCUGGCCCCGCCCCUGUGCCCGCCCCUCCCCCCUCCCGGCCACGCCCCUCCCUUGAGGGCGGGGCGGGAGGGGGAGGGGCUGGGGGCGGGGCCAGCCCGAGCCCCGCCCUCUUCCCCCUGCUCGGCCCCGCCCCUGCCCCGCCCUGCCCCUCCCCCACCUCCUCCUCCUCCUCCUGCCCCUCCCCCUCCUGCUCCUCCUGCAGCCCCUCCCCCUCCCCGCCCCUCCCCCACCUCGGGGGCGGGGUCUGA